AUGCCGGAGCUGAGCGCCAUCGUUGCCAUAUCGGCCUCUUGUGCGGCUGUGGUCAUCAUCUUCUCAGUGGUGGGAAUUCUGGUGUGGAUAAGGCAUCGCAAACGACGCCGUCUCAUCACCUUGCUGGGGUUGAAUCCGAAAAAUGGACAAGUUGUUCGCGGGCUCCAAUCAUUCCCCAUUGACACAUUGACUGAAUUGAGUCAAGCGGAAGGAAGUGUAUUGUUGGCGCAUGGGCAGCUUCCCUAUGGAAAGCCAACUGAAUGGGGUCAAUUGACAUCGCGCGAAAGUUUGCUUCGCCCAAAAAGCACGUUUGACUCCCCGUUUCCGCUCAGUGAGAAAGCCCAAUCUCUCCGCCGCUCUCUUUCUCGCUCUCAAUCAAGACGUUAUUCAAGGUCUUCCCACAAAAGGCCGAGCUCCUUCGCGACUUCGGGCGCUUCUAGUCAACACCCAAGCCCCCCACCGAAAGGCUCGAUAUCCAGGGACGACGUACCACUGUCAGCAGUCGAAGGAAUUCUUGAAUUGUCAGCUGAGAGGACUCCAACCCAAACGCCUGAGCCACCAGAGAACGAACAAGACAAAGGAUUCCAUCUAGGGAUGCAGCCUAUUCCACCUGCUUGGCCUCUUCCGGGCCAAGGAAACCGCUCAGGUCCCUUUUCCGUAUCUGAUGACGACGAUUCCCCCUGCACCUUCGAUCCACCUUCUAUGGUGUUUGAGGAAUCUCCUCGACGUCUGCGAGGAAUCAGUAUUGCUAGUCAGACGGCAGGUACUAUGCCGGGACAUACAAUCCCACCACCUCCUUUGACUGCAUACCCUCCAGACAGAUUCAGCUAUGCGCGAAACGAUUCUAUUGCACGACUAUCUUCAAUGAGUUUGGACACCACAAACAGCUCGAUCCUGGAUGAUGGUCGAAACGGCCCUCGGUCCGCUGAAUCCGAAUUCGCUUCACCUAGCUUCCCUUCUGGGGGCACCUUCGUUCCUUUCAGCGCCGCCGACGUCGGAGUCAAAGACGGCCGCCGAACUUUCAUCACUACCAAUACCUCGAUUCCCCCAAUGCACAACUUCCCUGUGCGCUCCUCAUCAACCACUGAACCUCGCCACAAACCUGCAUCCGUGUCUCCACGACGGAGUAUGACAACCCGUCAGUACUCAGGUUCCUCAUUUGAUAUGCCAAACAUGCUCCCUCGUCGCACAGAUUCCCUAUCUUCAUCCAACCCUCCAUCCAGACAUGGAUCAUUCCGGUCUGGAACUCCAGUGGGAAGAAUGAACCACUCCGGAUCCCAGCUUUCUCUUACGUCUCAAACCAGCUUCUUUUACAACCCUACGGUGUACGAGGAUGACGAAACUGAGAAUGACCCAUUCUACGUGGGAUCACCUGGAAGCGGUACUUUAUUCCACCCAGUUGGGUCCCCAGGCCGGCAAGCCAACAGCGCCAAACCCCCAAGCCCAAUGCAACGCAGCAGUUCCUCUUUGAGAAUGCCUCCUCCCUCGGCACUCAAGAAUGGCAACUCGGUGCGCAAGGGCCAUCGCCGUCAGAACUGUGUUCGAAUUUCGAUCCAUCCUCCAAUGACCUUCGCCCCAUCCACUGUCGAAGAGGAGCCCGAAGACUACGACAAGAUGGAAGAACUGGACCUGCGUGAGAGUGCGAUCAACGAGCCAAAGAAGAUAUUGCCAGUGUUGCCCCAGCACGCACUGGCCCCCCACAGCUCUUCACGCCGGGGUAAGUACGGUAGUCGAAAUGGCAAACAACCGAGCUUUGGCUCUCUUGGUCCGUUGGUUGAGGAGCCGCAACCCGUCGGCCACGAAAGUCCUUCUCACAAGAGAACCAACGUGCUAUCCACUUCGGCUGCAAACAAGCAGUCAGCCAGAGAUCCUUCUUCUCUUCCCGAACUUGUCACCUCCAUUCCUCAACAUGGAAACCUCAAUGCCGGUGGGCUUUCUCACACCCCCACCCCUGAGCGUGCAACUCCGCUGUGGGAGCUCCAUGAAGCUCCAUCGCCAUCCCGUGAGAACUACCCAAGUGCUGGUGGUCCACGACGAUCCGGAGUCAAAGGCCCACGUAACCAACCCCAAGCCCAUGCACUGCAAAGCCAAUCUACCCCAGUGUCUACCCCAUCUACCGAUACUUUCGCCAACAAUCCUUUCGGUGAUCCCAGCCGGCUACCUCUUAUCACAAGCAUCACUGGUACCGAGGGCAGCGACUGGCGCAAGUCCACGGAUUCAGUCAACCGAGUGAAGGGAGAUGCUCACGGGGCAUUCCGCCGAAGUCACGACUCCAUAAACGCCGUGGAUAAAGGGCUUGGACCCAUCGGCCCUUCGUCUGGAAUCUACAAUUUCCGCCGAUCAUCCUCGAUGAGUAAAGAGGUCACUAUCUUUGAAGACUCGGACCGCACUCCCACUAAGCCCAAGCUGCUCCCGCCGGUGGGCACAUUAACCACGCCUGAGUCCUCACCAACUCACGGCGAAAACAAAAUCCCUCGCUCAUUGCAAGGCAACCAAGCUUUCCCUCCCCCAAACAAUGCACCUCCCACCCCUACUUCGCCCUCACGAGGACUGGCUACUCCGACAAGCAAGAGCCUAGGAAUCGGCAUCGGCACAGCCACUCCCGGCAGUCUUUAUGAUGGCGAUGGGUUCCUGCGUGAAUGA